CUUGCGACCAGUGCGAGUUGGUCCUCCUUGCCCAACCCAAUGCCUGCCCAUGAGUGCAGUGUACACCCACCAAUGUUCACGGACGCGAUGCCUGUAGACGCCGUGAUUGCAAGCUGCAAACUCGCUCGCCCGCCCCUCGCAUUGAUGAUCUUCCGCAAGAGGACAGACUUGCCGGUACCCGCGGACCCUGUGAAGAACACGCUCUCCCCACGCUGCACUUUCGCGAGGACGUACCGCUGCUCGGGCGAGAGCUGA